AUGCUGCUUUGGAAAAAUAUCAAGAAAAUCCGGGAAUUUGGCCAAAUCUAUGGCACACAAAGUGUACGGGAAAUCUUUUGGCAAAAUACCAAAGAAUUUUGUCGCCAAACUACGCUGCAUGGAAUGAAGUAUAUUGUGGAUCCGAAUUUGAAGCCGAGUGAAAGGUGCUUCUUUGGUGUAUCUGUUGUAACGGUGAUAUUUGCUGCUGUCUAUUUAAUUGUUCAUGUCUAUCAGAAAUGGGCCAAUACUCCAGUAAUAGUGGGUAUUAAUCCUCAAUCAACUGCAAUUACUGAUGAACCUUUCCCGGCUGUAACAAUUUGCAAUUUAAAUCAAGCCUUAAAUCACACGGCGGAGAAAUUUUCAAGGAAUUCCACAGAUUUUACAAUAGUUCAGCUGCUGUGUAAACGUGAAGUAAAUCAGACAGCGAUCAAGUCAAUUACGAAUUGGAAUCAUGUGGAACAAUUUAUCGUGAAUAUUUCUCAACCAUGUAAAGAUAUGUUGGUUGAAUGUCGUUUUGGUGGAAAAUAUUACAACUGUAGUCAUUUGUUUUAUCCCUUGGUAACCGAUGAAGGAUUGUGUUGUACCUUCAAUAUGUUACAUCCGAUGUUUAUGUAUGUUUCUCACAUUCCCUUAUCCUAUCCAAAUGUAACACCGGUACAAACACCCAUCGAUUGGUAUUCCGAGGCAGGAUAUUCAAAAAAUUUACCCAAAAAUUAUUAUCCGAAAAAAGUGCCAGGUGUUGGCGAAUCAUUGGGUCUAUCAGUGGCGAUAGAUGUUCAAGAGGAUAAAUAUUAUUGUUCCUCAUCGAAUAGUAUUGGAUUUAAAUUUGCCUUACAUAGUCCCAACGAGACGCCGAAUGUCCACGACACUGGAGUGUUUAUCGAACCGGGUAAAGAGACAAAUAUACGAAUAAUACCGGUUAAAACCGAAUCCCAUAAACAAUUAUUGGCAAUGUCAAAGAGAUUGCGGAAAUGUCUAUUUCAUGAUGAGGGGAAAUUGAAAUUUUUUGCCCAUUACACUCAGAGAAAUUGUGAAAUGGAAUGUGUCGCCCUGUUGUCGUGGAAAUAUUGCGGCUGUAUUAGUUUUUAUAUGCCGAAAAUCUAUAAUAAUGUUACCGUGUGCAGCAUCAACGAGGCCAAGUGUGCCAGGGCGGUACGUUUGGGAAUUUAUAAUAGUCAAACGUCAUGUUUUGAUGAAUGCUUGCCGGGUUGCUUUGAAAUUGACUAUCCGAUUAAUACGUUCGCAACAAAGUUGGCCCAUACUGGUUUGAUUUUUAGUAAUCGUAAUCUUGCCAAUAUGAAACGUUCGUAUGUUGUGAAAAAUCUAGCCAUUGUGCAUAUGUUUUUCAGCUCGAAUACAUUUCGUAGUAAUUUGCAAACGGAAUUUAUAGAUUUUUCAGAUUUUUUGUCAAGUGUUGGUGGACUGAUGGGCUUAUUUUUGGGUUUUAGUUUCCUAUCGAUUGCCGAGUGUAUCUAUUAUGCUGUCAUACAUCCUUGUCGCACCAUUGGAAAAUAUCACAAAUCAUUGAAAAGUUUGAAAAAAGUUCGAAAACAUUCACCAAAAUGGAUAAAGAAACGUGCCACCUUAAAGUCUCGCUGUAAGAAGUUAUUCACCUCAUCAUCCAAUGUUGAGUAUCGUAAUGAAAAAAUUAUAAAAGUUCCAUAUGCCAUUACAUAUGGAUUUGAUGUUCCAGUUGAUGAUAGAAUUCAAUUACCAUUUUGCCAGUGA